AUGACCCGGUUCAUAUGUUCAGGUCGCAUCCUGGGCGGCACAGCCAUUCUGCUGUCAACCAUUCUUAUUUUGCUUGUCUUCGUGCACCCCCCACAGACCCGAAUUCUCCACAGUUCGUCCCCUCAAACCACAUCUCCCACGCACAAUUCGUCCUCCACAUGGAACCCCAAUGAUGUCCGAUGCAGCGGACUCCCCGACACCUCCCACAUUCAGGUGGUGGUUAAGACGGGGUCGAACAUCAUCUAUGAUAAGCUCCCCACGCAACUCCUCACAGCCUUGCGAUGCUGCCAAGACCCGCUGAUUUUCGCCGACUCUGAGCAAGACAUCGGGGCCUACCAUGUCUACGACGUGCUGGCGAACGUCAACGAAACGCUGAAGGCCACGCAUCCCGAUUUCGCCUACUAUCGCACCAUCAAAGAGUACUUGUCCGCGGGCCGGGACAUCCGGCAACUCCGGACCUCCCGCCAGGCCGCCUGGGACCUGGACAAGUACAAGUUCAUCCACAUGCUGGUGCAGACCUGGGAGCGACGGCCCGGCCACGACUGGUAUGUGUUCGUCGAGGCCGACACGUAUCUCUUCUGGGGCAAUCUCGUGCAGUGGCUGGCGCGGAUGGACCCUGCCAAGCCGCUCUAUCUGGGCUCGGCGGCCACGUUCCAAACCCAGAAGUUCGCUCACGGAGGAAGCGGCGUGAUCCUGUCGCGCGAAGCGAUGAAGCGCGUCUUAUACGGAGACGCGGAUCUGGCUGCACGAUAUGAUGAGCACAUGCACGAUGAGAUCUACGGCGAUUAUGUGCUUAUGAAGGCGCUCAAGGAAAAGGGCGUCGAGCUGACUAAUAAAUGGCCCAUGAUGCAGGGCGAGAAGCAGAAUACGCUGCCUUUUGGGCCUGGCCCGGAUUCGGGAUCCGACAUGGGUGUCAGCCCUUGA